AUGAGAGAAGUAGAAGAAGAACUGAACACAGAUGAAUCAAUCAGCAGAAGAGAUAAUACCUCACUGCAAGGCAUAGUGACUGUCAUCAUGACUGCAAGAGAAGCAGGAGGAGAAGAAGAAGAAGAUGUGACAAUGAGAGCAGUGCUCUCACAGUCUGUUAACACUACUGUCUUCACCUUCAACUGGGCUUUCUUGACAGUUAUGAAGGCUGCAGCUGCAUCAUAA